GUCUGAUGCCUCGCGCCACGCGGAAACGGAAUUCCCUGAAUCCACGCAAGUCUCAGCUGCGGUUCGUGGAACAACCAAGAAACGGAUCGAGACAUGACUAUGGAGCACAUCUGCGAAGCGCAAUCAACCCGAAGAUCUCCGUGUCACAUACAUCACGGCAAGGAGUCCCAGGGGAUUCGUGGGUCUCUCCUCAGUUUACCUCCCUGGAGGACACUUCCGUCAGAUGUGGUGGACGACGUAGGAAGAAGACGACAAGCAAUCAUCAUCACCACGCGAGCACCUCGAACAAAACGGCGCUUUCCAUUCAAGCCAGAAGACCAACUGUUUGCAAAUACCCGGCUCUGCUGUUCGAAACGCCCAGGUGUCCAAGAAAAAGCAUCACGGCACAUGUGAGAGAUUUUUCAGAAGUCAGACCUUCUCGAAGUCACGAGGACGGCAUGGUUCCUCGAUUGAACCGCGACGAUGUUCCUGAUACUACACCAGGAGCUGAAAUACGCCCCGAACCCAAUAUGUCUGGAAAUCUGACGACUCCUAGGUCUGAUCCGGGACGUGCCUCCAGCAGCACUCUCGCUCCUCCUCAUAUAGAGACUCCGGAAAUGUCACGCUCCCAACCUGCCGCUUCAUCGUCGCUUCUCGGCCUCCUGUUUUCCACAAAUCAACCAAGAACUCCUCCGAGAACGGAGAGCUUGUUGGUAAGGGACACGCCAGAGAACGACUAUGGCCUGAAAGUGACCUGGAGAAGGAGGAAAAAGCUGAUGAGGUUACUCACCGAGCGAGGGCAGCUCCUGCAUGCUGACGUCCUGAUCAACAACCGCUGGCCAGAGAUUGUGUGAACGGGGGAUAAUGACUGUAACUAGACGAUUUGGGCAAAAGUUUGUGGACACCUGAUUUGUUCGCAUAUGACUUUUUCCAAACAUAUAGUCCAUACUUUGUUAUAUAACCUCCAGUCUUCUGGAAAGAUGAUCUAGUAGAUUUCAAGCACUCAAGACUUUCCAAACUAUGCAUAUCUAAAGCAUAUAUAACUAUGCAUAUCUUCAUGGAACCACCACAUACAAAAACGUCCUACACUAUACAUGUGUGUGCCUCCAACUUGUCAAAGAUCUGCACAGUAUGGCUGGAGAAAAUUGGGUGUCCUAUUUCUUUUGGCCAUCUUGCAUAUUAAUAUAUAUAUAUAUAUAUAUAUAUAUAUAUAUAUAUAUAUAUAUAUAUAUAUA